AUGGAGUUUUUGCCAUACAACGAAGCUGAAGUAUUGAAAAUAAUUGGUUCUGACAAUAUCGAAGCACCAAACGCUUUACCUCAAAAAACACCAAACGAAAACUUAGACAACUUAGACGUGAAAAUCGAUGAGAAUUACGACAACCUCGUUUCACAGGCCGCAGACCUCCACAUUAAAAUUUGCGAAAAAGAGGAAGAAGAACAAUCACUGCGACAAGAGGUGAAAUUGCAACAGAACAUGAUAGAUAAGGAAAAUCAGUCGAUUUGUUCUCUCAAUGACCAAAUCACUGAAAUAAAGCAACUAUAUUUUAACGACCUGAUUUCCAAAAUUGGUGUCUUCAAUGGUAACAAUCACCAAGAGCUUUUCUUGCAAUUUCUUUUGCAAGACACCCCCAUCACUGAAUGGAAGGACAUCCUCAUCACCAAAUUUACUUCCUUAUAA